AUGACUGCCGCUACGACCUUCACGCCGCGCGACAACCCCGCGUUCAUUCUCCAUGGCAAGCUGCAGACGAGCUACGAGGAGUUGCCCGUUCCAGAGGUCGGGCCGGACGAGGUGCUCGUCGAGGUCAAGCACACUGGCAUCUGUGGCUCGGACGUGCACUUUUACAACUCGGGCAAGCUCGGCCUCGUGUCCUGCAGCUCCGCCAUGUGUCUAGGACACGAGUCAGCCGGCGAGGUAGUCCAGCUGGGCGCCAACCUCGCCGCGAAGGCUGCGUCGGCGGCGCAGGCCAACGGGUCCGCGCCGGCCGGCGCCGCGCCGCUGCAGCUCGGCGACCGCGUCGCGCUCGAGCCGGGCACCACGUGCCGCAUGUGCGAUGACUGCCGGCGGGGGCAGUACCAGAUCUGCGAGCACAUGGAGUUUGCAGCGUACCCUCCGCACCAUGGCACGUUGUGCCGGUACUACAAGCUCCCCUACGACCUCGUGUACCGCCUGCCGGACUCGGUGCCGACCAUCUACGGCGCGAUGAUGGAGCCGCUCAGCGUGGCCGUGCACUCUGUCGCGAACGUUGGCGGGCUGCGGACGAACCAGAACGUGCUGAUCUUUGGCGCUGGGCCCGUCGGGCUGCUGUGCAUGGCUGCUGCGAAGGGGCUGGGCGCGGGACGCAUCAUCGGGGUGGAUAUCAACGAGGAGCGGCUGGCGUUCGCAAAGGGCUACGCCGCGACCGACGUUUACAUCCCGCCCAAGCAGAACGAGGGCGAGUCGCGCCCAGACUACAGCCUGCGCGCGGCGCGCGACCUGCUCGCGUCGCUGCGUAUCCCCGAGCGCGGGCACGGCAGCAUCGACCUGGUAGUCGACGCCACUGGCGCCGAGACGUGCAUCCAGAUCGGGCUGAAUGCUGUUCGGCCGGGCGGGACGUUCGUGCAGACCGGCUUUGGUAACCCCGACGUCACGAUCCCCAUGUUCCGCACCGUCACCAACGAGAUCGUGCUCAAGGGCUCGUGGCGGUACGGCUCGGGCGACUACCCCCUGUCGAUUGACCUCGUUGCGCGUGGGCUUGUCGACCUCAAGCCCCUCCUCACGCACACGUUUACGUUCGAAAACGCGCUCGAGGCGUUCGAGCUCACGCGCGCCGGAAAGGACAAGGACGGCAAGCCCGUAAUCAAGUGUGUCAUCCACGGCCCCGAGUAG